ACUGGUCACCGAUACUUCCGCGUUACGUUAAAGUGUCAGAUAUAUUCUGGGGAAUUUUUUUUUCAGAGAAAAGAUGUGUCACUUGGUGUCUGCCAACAGAGGUAUGGCGCUGCAUUUUUUUUUUUAAAUGCAAUAAUUUUACAAUGAUGUCAAUCUUUAAUUUCAGCUUUAGUUACACGUGUCAGUAUUAAAUAAUUGUACCAUGUACCUCUUUUGUAUAAGGUUUUAUGCUAAGUGUUAAAUGGUUGUUGUUUUAGCUCUACAAAUGUUAUUUAUAACAACAAUUUAUAUAUUUUUAAUGGAAAUUGGUUGAUUCUUUUGUUUUAAUAGGUUCCAUUUAUGUUCCAGCCAUGGUGAAUGUUUAAACAGAUUCUAAAAAAAGAUAUUAAUAUCAAUUAAUAUACAACCUAUUUGUUUAAGUGUGGUAUUUAUUUAUUUUUGCAGCUUUUGAAAUUGAAGGUUUAAGAUGAAGAAUGAACCUUGAGGGUCUGAAUGAACUGAACAUCUUUGGUGGAAUGGACUUUAACCAACCUCCAGGGUAAUGGCACGGUUCAGGCGGAAAUCAUGUUGUGCACUUAUUGCUUUAGCCUUGGCCUUGUUUAUUAUAACAGUCGUCCUAAAGUCUCUGAGCCCUGAGGAUAAUCAUUUUGGCAGCCAGUUUGCAUUAAGACUUAUUCCACCUUCAAAACAAAUGGAGCUAGAUAGCAAUGUUAUUUUAUCCGCUAAACCUGCGCAGAUGAUGCCAGCAGAGAAAGCUGAUAGAAUGGAGAACGAAAUGCGAGAUUUUCCUGAGCCAAAUUACAAUGUGCACGCUUUCUACUAUGUGUGGUACGGGAACCCGCAGUUUAAUGGAAAAUAUGUUCACUGGGAUCAUCCGCUCUUACCACACUGGGACCCCAAAGUGGCCUCAGGUUAUCCAUCAGGACGACACCAGCCUCCUGAUGACAUCGGGGCCAAUUUCUACCCUGCACUAGGUCCAUACAGCUCCAGAGAUCCACUGGUUUUAGAGGAACACAUGCGACAGCUGCGAAGCGCCGCUGUUGGUGUUCUAGCCGUUUCGUGGUAUCCACGUAGUAUGAAUGACGACAACGGUGAAGAAAUUGAUAAUUUGCUGCCUUUGGUUCUGGACGCAGCUGACAAAUAUCAAUUGAAGGUUGUUUUUCAUAUUGAACCAUACAAAGGAAGAGAUGAUGCAAAUAUGCGUGAAAACAUUAAAUAUAUUGUGGAGCGAUAUGGAAGCCAUCCUGCUUUUUAUAGAUACAAAACCAGCACUGGCAAAUUUCUUCCGUUGUAUUAUGUAUAUGACUCCUACUUGCAAACUCCAGAUGUUUGGGCGCAACUGCUAAAGCCAAACGGUAUAUCGACAAUCAGGAACACACCGUACGAUGGCAUCUUCAUUGCUCUUCUUGUAGAAGAAAGGCAUAAGAAGGAAAUACAGAUUGCUGGAUUUGAUGGACUCUACACAUAUUUUGCCACCAACGGCUUUACUUAUGGCUCCUCGCAUCACAACUGGAGAUCCAUUAAAACCUUCUGUGACUAUAAUGACUUGGUAUUUGUUCCAAGUGUCGGCCCUGGUUAUAUCGACACUAGCAUUAGACCUUGGAACUCCCACAAUACAAGGAACCGCAUUAAUGGCAAGUAUUACGAGACCUCUUUUAAUGCGGCUGUGGAGGCAAGGCCACAGAUCAUUUCUAUAACGUCAUUCAAUGAAUGGCAUGAAGGAACUCAAAUCGAAAAAGCCAUUCCAAAGACAUGGGGUAAAACUGUGUACCUUGACUACCUUCCUCAUAAACCUACCGUAUAUUUAGAGAUAACACAAAAAUGGGCUAGAAAAUUCAGUGAGGUGCGGAAGAGAUGGCUGGAUUAAAGGAAAGAUCUUUUUUUUUUUUUUUUUUGUUAAUUUUGAAAAAGCAAUACUGCCCUAAGUAGUGGUUACAAGGGCCAUGAUUUGUUUUAUUUAGUUCUGUUUGAGUUGUGUGCAGUUUGUUUUACAUGCCUUUUACCACUGUAAUCGAGAACUUGACUGAUUAAACUUAUGAAAUAUUGAUGCUGAACUGCAAUCAGAAAUAUUCUGCCUUGAAGCUGUAUAUAGAACUUUAUACUAAGUGUUUUUCACUGAAAAAAUGGUUAAGAAGCAGCCUUACUCAAAAAUUGCAAGUAAAAUUGACAAAUAAGUACAAAUAUUGUAUAAAAUAUGGACAUUUUUUGCAAAUGUGCUUUUUAAAUUACAGUUUUGGUAAUGCCUUUUAAGAUUCAGAUAUGAUGUGCUUAAUCAGAACAACACAAUAACGCACUGCACCACAUGCUUUACAUUUAAAAAUUUUAAGCGCAUGACAUUAAAGACACCUAAUACAAUGUUUGAACAACAAAGUUGCCUGCGGUUCUGGCUUCAUUAAUUGAUAGAUUAUUGUUUGUGUUAAUAGGAGUCAUUAAAUUAAUAAAUUAUUUAAAUGAAAAA